UCUCGCCUCUUGCGUUUUAAGUUUACACGCAUAACUUGAAAAAAUGGAAGGAUUUGACAAUCCAGGAAUAUUCUUUUCCGACAAUUUUUCUGUAGGCGACACUAAUGAAGCUCAAUCGCAUACUAAUCUUCAAGUCUGUAAAAAGAAGUUUAUGGAGUUUAUCAGACAAUUUCACGAGGGAAAUUUUAAUUACAAAUACAGAGACACUUUGAAACGAAAUUACAAUCUUGGUCAGUAUUGGGUGGAAGUUAGUUUAGAGGAUUUAGCAGCUUUUGAUGAAUCACUCGCAGAAAAAGUUUAUAAACAUCCAACAGAAUAUUUGCCAAUUUUGGAGGAGGCUGCAAAAGAUUUGGCCGAUGAACUAACUGCUCCGAGACCUGAAGGUGAAGAAAGAAUUGAAGACAUACAAGUACUAUUGUCUUCAGAUGCACAUGCAAGUUCCUUAAGAGGCAUGAAACCUGAUGCAGUUUCUAAACUCAUAAAAAUACCUGGUAUUAUUGUUUCUUCAUCUGGAAUCAGAGCUAAAGCAACCAAGAUUGCCAUUCAAUGUCGCUCUUGCAGAAGCAUACAAACACAAAUUUCUAUUAAACCUGGUUUAGAGGGAUAUGUUAUGCCUAGAAAAUGUACAACAGAACAAGCAGGUCGACCGAAAUGUCCAUUGGAUCCAUUCUUCAUAAUGCCAGACAAGUGCCAUUGUGUUGAUUUUCAAGUUCUCAAAAUGCAAGAACUGCCAGACCAAAUUCCACAGGGUGAAAUACCACGCCAUUUACAAUUAUAUUGUGAUCGUUAUUUAUGCGAUAGAGUUGUACCAGGCAAUAGAGUUCUCAUUCUUGGAAUAUAUUCUAUCAAGAAGGUCACUAGAACUGGUGGUAGAGCUGCAGGUAGAGACAAAGGACUGGUCGGUGUUCGAGCACCAUACAUAAGAGUUAUUGGUAUUUCUGUAGAUGGAGAAAAUACAGGCAGUGGUACUCAGUCGUGUGUUACAAACGAGGAGGAAGAAUUAUUUAGGCGUUUAGCAACAGAUCCUAAUCUAUAUGAAAGAAUUGCGAAAAGUAUAGCGCCUAGUAUUUUCGGCGCAUUGGAUAUUAAGAAAGCUAUAGCGUGUUUAUUGUUCGGUGGAGCCAGGAAAAAAAUGCCCGAUGGUCUCUGUAGAAGAGGAGACAUUAAUAUGUUAAUGUUAGGUGAUCCCGGUACAGCUAAGUCACAACUAUUAAAAUUCGUAGAAAGAGUCGCACCCAUUGCAGUUUAUACAUCUGGAAAGGGAAGUUCCGCUGCUGGUUUAACGGCAUCAGUCUUAAGAGAUCCGGCCACGAGAAACUUUGUCAUGGAAGGAGGAGCUAUGGUUCUCGCGGAUGGUGGUGUUGUCUGCAUAGAUGAAUUUGAUAAAAUGAGGGAGGAUGACCGAGUCGCCAUACACGAAGCCAUGGAGCAACAAACAAUAUCAAUUGCAAAAGCAGGAAUAACUACAACAUUGAACACUCGGUGUUCUGUUCUAGCGGCAGCGAAUUCCAUAUUUGGUCGUUGGGACGACAUAAAGGGAGAAGAAAACAUAGACUUCAUGCCCACUAUAUUGUCGCGUUUCGACAUGAUAUUUAUUGUUAAAGAUGAACAUGAAGAAAACAAAGAUGUAAGAUUAGCCAAACACGUUAUGAGCCUUCACACUAACGCUGGUCAAGUUAUGGAACAGUCUGUGGAAGGAGAGCUGCCAUUACACGUACUGAAGAAAUAUAUCAGCUAUUGUAGAUCACGUUGCGGCCCGAGACUCAGUAAAGAGGCAGGAGAGAAAUUAAAGAAUCGGUACGUAGUGAUGCGAGCUAGUACAAAAGAAGCGGAGAGGGGUACCGAAAAGAGACUAUCUAUUCCUAUAACAGUUCGUCAAUUGGAAGCGGUCAUAAGAAUCUCAGAAUCAUUAGCUAAGAUGCAGUUGCAAUCUUUUGCCACGGAAGUCCAUGUCAAUGAAGCGAUUAGACUGUUCCAGGUCUCAACCAUGGAUGCUGCGAUGUCCGGAUCAUUAGCUGGAGCGGAAGGGUUUACCUCGGACGAAGACCACGAAACGUUAGCUCGCAUCGAGAAACAAUUGAAGCGUAGAUUUCCUAUAGGGAACCAAGUAUCGGAGCAGAACAUUAUUAAAGAUUUCGUAAAGCAAGCAUAUCCGGAACGUGCUGUCUAUAAAGUUAUACAUACAAUGAUACGUCGUGGGGAACUCCAACAUCGUAUGCAACGUAAAAUGUUGUACAGACUGCAUUAAAAUUCAAUAACGCUUUUUUUUUUAUUUAAUACAG